AAAAUUCAUAAAUGGCCAUUCCUUCCCUCAAGCAAUGGCAAAGAAAUAUUCUUUUUGCUUUUCAUAAUGAUUGCUCUCCUAGUUGCAACACUCCAAGAGCAAGAACUUUAUUAGCUUCUCACAUUAUACAAAAACAUAUUCAUAUGGAUACAGGAACUCAUAUCAAAGGUCCAACUAUAGUAUGGUUUCGAAAAUCUUUAAGAUUACACGACAAUCCCACUCUGCAACGAGCAGUUCAGUUAGCAUCCGAACUUUUUCCACUUUUUAUAUUAGACCCUUACUAUAUAAAUCCUGACAAAAUUGGAUUUCAACGCUUUCGGUUUAUGUUGGAGUGUAUGAAAGACCUGGAUCACUCGUUGAGAAAAUACCAAAGCAAGUUGCUUGUUAUUUAUGGAGAGCCUGUCAAUGUACUUGAAAACUGUUGCAAAACGUGGAAAUGUUCCUAUUUGUGUUUUGAAAAGGAUUCGGAUAUCUAUUCUAGAAACAGAGAUGAAAAGGUAUUGCAACGCAUGAAGGGACUUGGAGUCCAGUGUUUUGUAGAGAGUGGUCAUACCUUGUACGAUUUGGAUAUGCUUGUGGCCAAGUUGAAUGGCAACAGUCCUCCUACUCAAAUGACUAGUUUCUUAAAGUUCAUAGAACAAAUUGGACCACCUCCAAAACCCAUAGAGACUGUUCGCAACAUUCCACCUUUAAGGAAGGAGCUGCUUAGCUCUAUUAGUAUUUCCAAGGUACCUGAAAUAGAAGAGAUUCCAGGUUACGAAUUAAUAACUGAGCCAACGCCUUGUCCCUUUCAAGGAGGAGAAUCUAAAGCCUUGGAAAGAAUGCAACAAGCUCUCAAUAGAGAACAAGGAAAAUGGAUAGUAAGAUUUUCGAAACCUCAUACUUCACCAGUAAGUCUCGAUCCUCCAUCCACUACUGUUUUAUCACCCUACAUCAAAUGUGGAGCUCUUUCCGUUCGUCUAUUCUUUUGGGAGUUGAAGAGAGUGGAAGAUUCCUUCUCUGUCAAGACAAAGCCACCCGUAAGUCUCAUUGGUCAAUUGUAUUGGAGAGAACAUUUUUAUCUUUUGGGUUAUACGAUUCCCCAUUUUGAUCAAAUACAAGGCAAUCCAUUAUGUAAGACUAUUCCUUGGGAACAUCGACAAGAAUGGUUCCAAGCUUGGGAGCAAGCACAAACAGGUUAUCCUUUCAUUGAUGCUGCUAUGACUCAACUCAAACAAUGGGGCUGGCUGCACCAUCUUACUCGUCAUGUCGUUGCAUGUUUUCUUACAAGGGGAGACUUGUGGAUAAGUUGGGAAAAAGGCAAAGAAACUUUCGAAAAAUAUUUAAUCGAUGGAGACUGGAGUAUAAAUGCAGCGAACUGGAUGUGGUUGUCAUGUUCCGCCUUCUUCACGAGGUAUUUUCGAGUCUAUUCUCCUAUCGCAUUUCCUAAAAAGUACGAUCCUCAUGGUAACUACAUUCGAUAUUUUCUUCCUGUACUAAGAAAUAUGCCUAAUAAAUAUAUUUAUGAGCCAUGGAAGGCUCCUCUGAAAGUACAGAAGGAAGUAAAUUGCAUCCUUGGUAAAGAUUAUCCCUUGCCAAUUGUCGAUCAUGAAGAAAUGAAAAAGAGAAAUAUUCAAAAGAUGAUUCAAGUUUUCCAAAAUAAAUCUUAAAAGGCACAUUGGGAGCAACUCAACG